AGGUAAAGUAAAGACGUUCUUUUUGACUGGAACAGACUGCAGAUACAUUUUCUGGUCUUCUGCUGGAGAGAACCUCAUAAAAAUAAGAUCUUCGUUUGUCGUGUUCAUAUACCAAAUAAGUGGAAGUUUUAUCCUACAACGUAGCUCCGUAUGCACAUGUCGAAUCCCGAGUUUGUUGGCCAAUGGAGUAGAUGAUCCAGCGUUUUGUUAGUUUUGGUUGCCAGUGUGCAGCCUGCAUCGGUUCAAGCGAGUCGCAGUUUCCAGUAUUCGGUGUGUUGCCCUUCUCCGGUGAUACGUAUGUACAUGUGUGACAACCUGUUCUUUGACGAACUGUAAGAAGAUAAGACUGUGUGAAUCUUGAAGAAUUUUGAGGAAUAGUAUCAACUCAUCAAAGGAUUUCCCAUUUUUUCUGAAAAUUUCUGGAAGCAGGAACCAAUUGCAUGUGUGUAUGCAAUAGUGAAUUCUGGGGCAAGCGGAAACUUUAUUAAAGGAGAACGAAUCAAUUAAAAGUUUAAGGAUUAGAAUUUAAAAAGUUUUGUUAAUGAAGAACUUCUGUUUAGUAUCGGACGACAAUAAGUAGACUGGAAGAAAUAGGCGCAAGAAGCCGGUUUUAAUCAAGAGGAUAUUAGUCAAGUUCAGCAUCCAUCUCCAGUCUUGGACUUUGCAGAUUUUACAAAUUGGGCUAAUUGACUGCUUUCAAAGAGUUUCUAGUUGUAUAAACUAUUGGCAGAACGCUAAGGACGUCUAAUGAUGGUGUCCAAAAUGGAGUUAUUAACAGCAAAACUCUUCGUCUUCUGCUGCUUGUUAGGUGGAGCCAUUUGCGCUGAUGCCAAACUAAGGAUUAUGCCGGAAGAACAGAGUGGCGUGUACCGACGAGCUCUGGGAAAGCCAUCAAUAUUUACCUGUAUUGCGGAUGUGGAGAUUCCGGACAAGGUGGCCGAAUUCAGAUGGUGGUGGCCAGACAUGAAACCAAUUGAACCAACAGACAGCAGUGAAGGAUAUGAGAGGGUCGAAAUCAUGAAGGACACUUUGGGAACAUUGACGCUGGUGUUUAGCUCUGUCCAAGAAGAAGACUUGGGAACUUAUCGCUGCACGGCCACUUACGCUCUGAACCAACAACUUACUGCAAACUUCACCCUACGGGCUUUUGUUCCGAUUACAUUUGACGACGCUCCCGAGUAUCAGUUUGCUGUGAAGGGGACAGAUUCGAAGGUCAAAUGCAGCGUAAAAGCGGACCCUCCUCCGAUUGUGGAUUGGAAAAAGGAUCACGCUGCUAUCCAAACCAAUGCCCAUAUCGUCGUAGACAAUGAUGGAAUUUUGAUUCGAAACGUUCAAGAGAGUGAUGAAGGAGUGUACACUUGUAGAGUGCGCGUACAAGACUUGGGGACCGUUGAAGAGAGACAUAUCAAGCUUGAGGUUCAAGAGAAACCCGUGAUAAUUUCGGACCCCGUAGAAUUGGAAGGAGUUGAAGAAGAAAGGGUCACAUUCCAGUGUCUGGCGACUGGGAAACCCGCAGCCGAAUAUGAGUGGGUUGGCGUUCGACAUCAAGAAUUAUUCGACUCACCUCGAUACACGGUUGAUAAGUACAAAGGAACCCUCACAAUUGACGCACUAAAACCUGAAGACUCAGGUACCUACCGCUGUACGGCGAGAAAUACGGCUGGGUUCGACACGGUCACGUCUCGUCUAUUCGUCGUUACAAAACCAGUUAUUGAAGAGUUCAUAAAUAUCACAUCUCAAGUCGGAGCCAAUGCCGUUCUCACCUGCCGUGCAUCAGGGGACCCGGCACCAGACAUUGUGUUUCACAAGGACUCCGUUCGAGAACCGUUUAGUCCACAAGGAAGUCAACAGGACACUCGAAUUUUCACCGAUCAAAGAAAAGAUGGGCGUGUGACGGUGGCGCAAGUCAAGGUCGCAGAUCUCCUUCGAACGGACGAUGGGCUGUACAAAUGCAUUGCUUAUAACAAGCGGACAAGAACUGAACUUGACGGCCACCUCACUGUGGAGUUUCCUCCUACAUUUGCAAAUACUCCGAUGAAGGAACAAUGGGCCUGGGACGGAAAUCCUAAGAAUCUCUCUUGCUUAGCUGAAGCUAUUCCAAACGCAACAAUUACUUGGUUCAUUGUGAAUCAUCCAGUCGAAAUUCCAGUGUACCCUAACAAUCCAGACCCUAACAUUGUACAAUAUGGGUUCCAAUCCAACAGUUCCCUUCAGGUUCGGGCGGUCGAUAUUACGUAUUACCGGGCAUACAAAGCCGUCGCCACCAAUAAACUUGGGACAGCGGAGCAUCUCAUUUACCUCAGGGAGGCGAGAAAACCUGGCCAGAUUUUACAAGUUAUAGUGCAAGAGAAAACUGCCACGAGUAUUUCGUACCGAAUUGUGGGGCCCAUGGACGAUGGUGGACUUCCGCUGAAAGGUUACGUGGUCCAAUAUCGAGAGGAUAGAACUGUUGGAUGGGACGAACAUACGAGCGUGAUAAAGACGUGGCCAGUCGACCAAUAUGUAUUCAUCAUUGAGGGCUUGGAACCUUUGCACACAUAUUAUAUCCGUUUUGCCGCGGAGAAUGACGUAGGAAUUGGUCAUUGGGCGUUUGAAAGACCGGAAACAAUGCCAAGAAGAUCUGCACCCGAACCACCACUCAUUCUUUCAGAAGCUUAUAACGGUGUUGCGAAUACUCCAUAUCCCGAUAGAUUUGAGCUCAGAUGGAGUGUUCCACAGGACAAUGGGGAACGAAUUGAAGCCUUUGAAAUUAGCUAUGCCCCGGUGAGAAACUACACAAUUCACAAAGGAGCCCAAGAAGUAUUUGAGUGGGAGUCAAUCGGUCAGGCUCUAGAGGAGGAAAAACCUCUUGGCGAACCUCGACACGUCCUUCGAAAUUUAGUUCCAGGCACCUAUUACAGGGUUGAGAUUCGAGCGAGGAAUGCCAUCGGAAAGAGUCAGCCAGCCCAAAUUAUCGUCAGAACUUCGCCCAUUCCAGGAGAUUCGUCAUCUUAUGACUUGAUGCGUGGUGAGAGUUUUCAGUCACUUCCUAUGCUCAUUGUAAUCAUUGCUGUCGUCCUCCUUCUCAUUCUCCUCUUUGUGGAUGUCAUUUGCUGCAAAAUCAACCAAAUGGGAAUCUUGUGGGCUAUUACUCACAAAUUGUGUCAUAAGAAAAAAUCUCGGGAAUCAUUAGUCAAGACGGGAAACAAUGAUGCUUCAAUCCAUGAGAAACAACCUUUAGCGGAUGACAAUGGUUAUCGCCAGCAUAGUCACAUCGUUGUCCCCGAGACGAUGAAAGUGAAUGGAAAUGGAAAUAAGAAUGGACAUGGACAAGCACGAGAUUCGGAAGUGUAGAAACUCCAUUCACACAAAAAUCUUAAGGAAAUUUGUGAAAUGUUUGUCGUUAGUUUGUAACUCUUUGUGCAUUAUGCUGCAACAGACAGACUACUCCCUUAUUUUUGAACUUUAACGAAAAUGUUUUUUAUCUAUUGGAUCGUAUGUACUUUUAGUUUAUAGUAAAUAUUAUUUGUGAAAAAAUCAUCAAAUGUUGUGCAUCUAGAUGUUAUAUGAGACUAGAUAGUCCUUUUUGUAAUCAAUGAGUAUCAAUGAUCUCGGAAUUGUUUUUACAUGUAACAAAUUCACUGUGUCUAUUUCUAUUAUUACUCAAUUUUUAGUUAAGAGCUUAAUUUAAGGCCGUUGUCACAAAAUGCAAGCUUUACCCAUAUUUUGUUUUAUAUACUCGAAUUUUAAAAUAACGAUUUUCUUUUUCUUGUAUGCCUUAAUCUGUUUCAUGUUUUUUUGACCAACUGUAUUACUUAAUUGCUCUGAUGAUAAAUUUUUGAACACGAAUUUAAAGUAACGAGAAAAAAAUAGACCAUGCACAUUGAUUCACUGCACCUAGUCCAUAUUACCCAGUGUUUAACAGAAUUGGUUAGUUUAGUUGGUGUAGUAAAAUGUUUUAUAUAGCAAUUUUCAACGAUGGAAAAAGCUUAGGUUAGAUGAAAUUGUAAUGUUGGGAUGAGAAAGUGCUUUUAAACCUUAAAUCAUACUACCCUAGCACUUAUACAUACAUUAACGUACUGAGAGUUUAGCUGUAAUUGUAUUUUUGUACAUGGUCAUUUAAAUUUGACCAAGACUUUUACGCCCAAUCAAUCUUUAUUUAUUACUUCCCUUUUCAAGCAACGACUGGACGGACCAUGACUGAAAUAGAAAUAAACAACUUCCUGGAUCAAGACAAAAAUGAAGCUUAUUGAAUUAUUUUUAGAUCUGAUAAGAUUCGCUCUACUUACAGAGUGCUAUCUAGUUUCAAUUUAGAGAUCGCAAGCUUGCUCUGGGUAUAUGUAUAUGCACUGAUAGGUAGUCUAAGAAUCUGUUUCAGGUAUGAGUGUAAAGUGCAAGUCUGGGAAAGCUAUUUGACGGCUAGUUGUGUAAUUGUAUUAAUUAUUAUACAUAAUUAAUUAAUAAAUAAAUAACGAAUAAAUAAAUUACAUUUAAAUAAAUCAAA